AUGACUACAAAUACAAGUCUUUUGGUGUCCGUGAACUUGGAGAAUUUGAUCGCCGUUUAUUUGAAGGUUUGAAAUUUUAUUUUUGAAUGAUAUUCUUUUUCAUGUCUAGAUAGAUAUGAAAUUCGAUAAUCGACACGCAGCAGAGCAUGGAGUUCAGCAGCAGAUCUGUAGGUAAGAACUCAUGGAAUCGCAACAAAAAAAUGUAGUUUUUAGGGAUAUUAUACAAAACACGUCUUUUUUGAAGGGAUCGAUGGUAUCUCCACAACGGGACUUAUCUUCAGUUUUAUUGCUUGGGAAAAGAGAUAUAAUAGAUUCGAAAGAGUUUUCGGAGUGGCUGCAACAAGUUCAUUUGACGGUCUGUGGCUUUUGAGAGAUAUGAAAAGUCCUUUUUUGAGGUCUUCUCCAAAGAAGAUGCCAAUUCAUAUGCUCUCGAAAAAUGUACUAAAUAUUCUUUGUUCUGCUGGAUGCAGGAGGCAGGAUGGAAUAAAGUCAGUUUUUUUAUGUGAAUAAUCCGUAGAAGUUUUCCUCGGCAUAAUUUCGUUUCAUUUGUACUCAAGUAUAAGUUUUGUUGGAAUUCAAGGUUGGUACAACAUUGAUGAACGCCAAAAAUCUGUUCGAGACCAACACCUAUUGUCCACGAAUGAGUUUGUCACGAACAAUAAAAAGCGGAUAAGUAUUCUUCUUGAAGAAAUCGAUUUGCACUGCACGAAUAGCGGCGAGGUCUACAUGAAAACAUCCGCAGAGUUUGUGAGGUACAUUAAUAUUGAAAAAUUGUUAUUUAAAAGUGUGUCGUGAAAAAUUAAAAAUUGUAAACGAUUGUAAAAUAGGAAUUCACACAUAGAUUUCUUUGAGAAAUUCCGAGUUUUAAGUAUAACUUUUCUCUUUUUUUUACCAUUCUGAUUAUGCACUGGUAAACUAGUCAGUUAGCGCUUGAAAAGCCAAAUUUAUCAAAAAACGAGCCAAAAAACGUUCCGGCGCCAAAUAGGUAUCUAAACAAAAGUAGCCACAAAUUAAACUUUAGUCAUUUCUCUUUUCUUUCUGUAAUAAAUCAAUGAUUAUUUAGCUAUUCGAUAAUAAUACACUGUUCGAGCUAGUUAUGGGAUCUCACAGGUAUGACGAGAGAUUUUUUUUCUUUCAAAGAACAGUAUUCUUAUAUAUUAAAAAAUGCCGAGUAGUUUUGAAAUUUUGUAGAAAGUUUUUUUAAGAAGAUGUCGUUCACUCUGUAGUAACAAGCUUUGAUUUAUUUAAAUCACAAACUUUUUCAGUAUGCUGUUUUUGGAGUUGUGGGACUUGGGCGAGUCGGAGAAAACAUUUCGACAGCAGUCGCAGAACGUCAAGUCACGUUGGGUGACCUGCUUGCCAAAGUUCGUUCGUUUUCAGUUCAGAAGUUGAGUUUUAGUUAAGAAAUUCAGUUGACGAUGACCUUGGUCCAGAUUUUAUAGUGAAAUCCAUACAUUUUUCAAAUAUUUGUUUUUCCUUUCUUUUGCGACAAAACUUUCGAGUCACGCUGAAGUUCAGGCUGGGGAAAGGGCGAGUUGUUAGAAUCCAUCGCGAAGUUCCCAACGAUUCUCCAUUCUCCGAUUAUUCUCAAGUGAAGACUUACUGGAAGAAUGUGGUUGGUUGACUUGCAAACCGGAAAAUGUUUGGAUACCUUCCCAGUACGGCUACAGACUUCCUUCGGGUCCACCUCCGUUUUUCUGCGAUGUUCUUUUCAACGGCGAGCGCGACCCUUUUUUGUAGAAUCUCAAAGCUCUUGAUUUUCCUCUAACUUCAUUUUAGGUACCCAUCUUACUGCGUUUUGUCGAGCAAUCCAGAUCCUGUGAUGAGUAUGUUGAGCCGCGAAGAUUCUCUUCGGGACGCGUUGCAAAAGUUUCAAAACGAUUUGAAGAGUCGCAAGAUGGAAUUCUUCGGCGUCGCUUGUAACAGUAAGAUUCAAAUAAAACGUAUACUAGAUAAAGAAAAUUUUUAAGCUUCUCAAAAAGUGGACCGGAGCGCUGAAAGAUUUCUUAAUGUACUGGACAUGAUUCCUAAUAAAAAACCCCGUCUUACAAAAGACGUAAGUUUCGAACAGUGUAUUUUCAUGGACUCCCGGUUCUUUUUGCCAUUUUGAAGGUGAAAGUUUCGUCUUUUUUCAACUUUAUAGUUUUAAAAUUAAUUUUCGCUCUAUGAAAAUAAUAAAGGAAAUGACAACUCUAGAAAAAAAUUUUUGUUGUUUUUUUUCCCAAAAUUGAGACUCCAUGUUUUUACGUUUUCAUUAUUGCAUGUUAAAUUUCAUUUUCAUUUUGCAAAUUCUGUCAUUUUCAAGAGAGUUCGGUCAAAAUUCUUCAAAUAUUCAGGAAGUGAAGAUGGCUUUGCCGGAGAAGUCAUUCCCUAAAGUCGAGCAAAGGGUAUUUUAAUUUUCCUUGAGAAAAAAACCUUGAGUUUCAGAAAUCUCAAGGAGAUUCACCUGCGUAUCGUUAUGAUGGCUAUAUUCAUUCAAACGAUAAAUUCAGAACCAAAUUCGCGAGUUUUGAACAGAACUUGCUACGAAAUGAUGAAAAAAGAACGGUAUUUCACGUAUUUACCCUGGAUAUCAUUCUGGAAAAUUUAGGGAUCUGAAGAAACUCCAAGGAAACGGAAGCGGAUAUCUGUUCAAAUAG